GUCAAAACACGUGAUGAUGUAUUGCACAAGCACCACAACUGAGCGACUGCUUGUAUUGUAUAUGUAGGCUAGUCAAUUUAAAAGAGAGUAACAGUUUAUUCAUAAUUUGUAUCGGAUAUAGUAAUACAUCACAAUAAGGAAAUGUGUUUUGAGUUAUAUUGAUAGGGCGUCUUAGAAUACGGGCAUGACUGUGGAAGUAGACAUUUGAAUCUUGAGUGAUUGUUUUUGUUGUGUCUCCCAGCCGAGCCUGUCCUGUGUGACUAAUUACUAGUUCAGCUCCAGUCCGGAUUAGAGGAUGAACUGGAUUUUUCCCCUGUCCAAGGGUUCUGGACCACUUCGGCCUCUUACAAGUUUACAGGAACAAAGACAAAGGCAGAUUGAAUCCCUGAAGACAGCCCACUCCAACCUAGCUGAAAUCCAGAAGGACGUGGAAUACAGAAUACCAUUUACAGUCAACAACACAACAAUCAGUAUUAACAUCCUUCUUCCUCCGCAGUUUCCACAGGAGAAGCCAUCAGUCAGCGUGUACCCGCAUAUAAGACAUCACUUAGUGGACAGCCACAAUGGCACAAUGGUCACCAGCCCACUCAUAACCAAUUUCACAAUGCAUUCAGAUCUGGGCAAAAUCAUACAGAGCAUCAUGGAUGAGUUCUGGAAUAAUCCCCCUGUUUUAGCUGGGUCUUCAGGGUUUGCCUUUAUGUACAAUAAGCCAUCAGGAAUUCCUCCCUACCCUCCUCAGGGUUUUCACUUCCCUGCUUUCCCCCAACAAGAAGCUCCCCGGCCUGUGGCCCCAGCACCCAUGCAGGUCCCAGGAACAGACUCUGUGCCUGCAUCUCCCCUUGGCUUCAACAUCACCAGGCCUGCUGCUCCUGCCUAUGGCCUCAUUACAGACUUGCCUUUGCCAGUUCCCACUGCUGACUCACAGGCAGGUCUUAAUGGAUACACUUACAGGAUGCCUGAAAUUCCUGAAACUUUCCAAGAACUGUCAGAACUAAGUACAUCACAGCUAAAAGAUAUGAGUGAUCAAGAAGAUCUGCUGCUAGAGCAUUUUGUAUGUCUACCACAACUGAAACAGGUCACCUCUGACAAGGAUGAAUUGGUCAAGAACAUUGUAGAGAUGGCAAAAAAUAAUUUGCAACUUGAGCCACAGUUAGAAGGAAAGAGACAAGAAGUAUUAUACAAAUAUGAGCAGAUAACUGAGAUGAAAUCUGCCUUUGAGACGAAGAUGCAAAGACAACAUGAACUAAGUGAGAGUUGCAGUUUGAGUGCCCUGCAGGCCAGGCUCAAAGUAGCAGCUCACCAAGCGGAGGAGGAGUCUGAGGACAUUGCAGAGGACUUCCUGGAGGGCAAAAUAGAAAUAGAUGACUUUCUCACCAACUUCAUGGAAAAAAGAACACUUUGCCACUGUAGACGAUCCAAAGAAGAAAAACUUCAGCAAUCAAUAAAUACCCAUGGCUAGUUUCAUGCACCAUUAUAACUUUCCAGUUUGUCCAGGUUUUGAUGUGUUGGCCUGCCAGUGCAGCCUUCAGCAGGAUGAAAAGAACAUAUUGUCUUCAAUGACAACCAAAACUGAAGAUUCACCGUGUCUGUGUGUUUAAUUUUAGCACAUCCAGAAAAAACCUUUCUAUUUAUUCUACUGAUUCCAGCAUUGAACAUUUUGGGGACAAACUCAAAAUUACUUGAAUUGGAUCUAUUUAAAGGCUGCCCACAUACUCGAGAUAAAUACUGUAUUUAAAUUAUGUUAAUAAUAGUCUUUAUUAUAAUCAAAGAUGUAAUGUAUUAUAUGUUAUAUAAUUUGUCAGGUAAUAAAUAUUUGAAACUAUUA